CAGUGCCACUGCCACCCCUCUCCCUCUCCCCCCGCGCUCUCCUGUUUUUUCCACCGGGCAGGCAGCAGCCCGUCCCACCACGCCAUGAGAAAAUUCGCCCCAAGAAGCGGGCAGCUCUGCGCUGCUCAGCAGCUGCGUCAUCCAUGUCAACCAUGAACCACCUCGUGCUUCUCCAUAUAUACGUCAUGCGCAAACGCUUCCACACCACCUUAAUUAGCUUGCUUCACCUCACCUCAUCACCUGAUCACCAGCACAGCAGCAAGUAUACACACACCACAAGGGCACGCGGUUCUUCCGGCGCAUCAUCAUAUGCAUUCUUUGCUCCCGGCAGCGUAGCCAAGCAUCUCCUCAUCAGCUCCGGCCGGUCUGAGCGGCGGCGCAAGCAGUGGCUAUAUAUAUAUCUAGCUGCUGCUAUCUUGGUGUGGUCCGCGAUCGAGCGGAUCGACUGGUGGCAUGGCGGGCGGCCUGCCCCCAGGGUACCGCUUCUACCCGACGGAAGAGGAGCUGAUAUCCUUCUACCUGCGCAACAAGCUGGACAACCUCCGCCGCGACGACAUCGAGCGCGUCAUCCCCGUCGUCGACGUCUACUCCGUCGACCCCUGGCAGCUCCCAGGGAUCCACGAGAUGCUGCGCGGCGGCGGCGCUGCCGGGGAGGGGGAGCCGUGGUUCUACUUCUGCCCGCGGCAGGAGCGGGAGGCGCGGGGCGGGCGGCCCAGCCGGACGACGCCGUCGGGGUACUGGAAGGCCGCGGGCACGCCCGGGGUCGUCUACUCCUCCUCGGCGGCGCCGGCCGACCGCCGCGCCAUCGGGAUGAAGAAGACCAUGGUCUUCUACCGCGGCCGCGCGCCGUCGGGGACCAAGACCAACUGGAAGAUGAACGAGUACAGGGCGCUCCAGUACGACGAAGCCCCCGCCGGCCCCGCCGCCGUCGGAACCGACGGGUCCUCGUCGUCGUCGUCUACCGCCCACCACCACCACGCCGUACCCGUACCACCACCACCACCAAACGUUGCCCCGCAGCUAAGGAGCGAGUUUAGCCUGUGUCGACUCUACACCAAAUCUGGGAGCCUGAGACAGUUUGACCGGCGGCCGCUCGGAGCUGCGGGAGGCGUCGUCGUCGUCCCUGGCGAGGACCCGGCGGGGCCAUCCACGGCAGGAGUCGCCGCGUCGCCGCCGGACGAUGACGAUGGCUCCGGCAGCAGCUCCAUGCAACAACAGCAGCGGCAGCAGGUGACGGAGGAGAGAGCUGCCAACGAUCCAUACGGUGACGACAUGGUGGUGACGACGGAGAGAGAAGAUGCCCACGGCCACGAUCCUUUCGGUGACGACGUGGCCAUCUUGGAUGCCCUUUUAUACUGGCCCGGAGACUAGACGUAGUGGACUUGCAAGACCCUGUAGUAGCGCGUGCGUCGGUGUGACAUGCAUGCCAUCCACACACGCGACUACUGAUUUCCUCAAAUCAAAGCAUACUCCAAGUCUGGAGAGUUAGACGAUGUACAUGUACUGGUACACAGUAGCUACUGGUUUCAAAUUACGUACUACUACUUACCAUUUUAAUUUGUUGCAUGAACCAACAAGGCUAAUUAAGGCCGCCUGUCCGUUUGGACACAUGUAAUAGUACUAGUUCGUUGUAGUCGUUCGUUGUAUCAACAGUUUAUUAUACAGUUUUGCGAUGUUUGCACUUGGUUGGAUU